AGCGCGAAAGCCUUCAGAGAGAUUUUAUUUGGGGGCUACCCCGAGACGUCUCUGGCGAGGAUCCUAAAUCCUGACAGAGCAUUAUGGAGCCCAGUUCUGUCAGGCUUCCAGGACUUGAAGCCACCAGACCCCCCGUGGAACCAAGGGCUGCACCCUUGGUAGAGAGACGAUUCCAUGUUCUUGUGGGUGUCACUGGGAGUGUUGCAGCCCUGAAGUUGCCUCUUCUGGUGUCGAGGCUUUUGGACAUUCCUGGCCUGGAAGUAGCAGUGGUUACGACUGAAAGAGCCAAACAUUUCUACAGCCUCCAGGACAUUCCUGUUACCCUGUACAGCGAUGCUGAUGAAUGGGAGAUGUGGAAGCACAGAUCUGAUCCAGUUCUCCACGUUGACCUGCGGAGGUGGGCGGACCUUAUGCUGGUGGCCCCUCUUGAUGCCAACACUCUGGGGAAAGUGGCCAGUGGCAUCUGUGACAACUUGCUUACCUGUGUCAUCCGGGCCUGGGACCGCAGAAAGCCCCUGCUCUUCUGCCCAGCAAUGAACACUGCCAUGUGGGAGCACCCCAUCACCUCGCGGCAAGUGGGUCAGCUCCAGGCCUUCGGCUAUAUCGAGAUCCCCUGUGUGGCCAAGAAGCUGGUGUGUGGCGACCAAGGUCUGGGGGCCAUGGCUGAGGUGGACACUAUUGUGGACAAAGUGACGGAAGUCCUCUCCCAGCAAGCUGGCUACCAGCAGAGUUGAACCCAGGAUCUCUGUCGUGUGUCCCUCUGUACCUAGAGUGUUUUCAGGCCAAGUCAGUGAGGGUGCAUUGGUAAAGUAUGGUGAAAAUUCUCCUUUGCUGAGUAGGGACCUGGCCUGGGCCUUCUCCACAGUCUCCAAGGGCCUGUUCUGCCCCAGGUUAAAUUGGCCCAAAGGCCCAGAGCUCAACUUCUUUCAACCAGGAUACAUCAGCUAUCCGGAGCUCCUCCCUGCCUUUUCCUGGGAGGGGCCCAGCAAGCCAGAGGAGCGAGCUGCCAUAUUGUCCCCGUGCCUCUGGGAGGGGCCUGAGGAGUGACUGACCAAUUUUGAUUCUACAUGCCUGGAAACCACUUUUAGAAACUGCCUCCGCUGGAGGUCCCCAGUGUGAUGGCCCCCUGCCCGGCCUUUGGAGCAUCCGCUGCCAUGUGGAGUCAGUAAAGCCUGAAAGUUGGCAAGACCCUGAGAUUUCCCACUGACUGUACUGUGAGAUGUGGGU